UACGAGUAGCAACGACGGAAGGACGUUACGUCGCCGAUAAAAACACAAAGUUCGCGAGGCGAAUUCGGUCGAGUACGAGCGCGCGGCCACCAGAUUUAACGAACGUGACGUUCGCCUCGAGGUCGUCGGGCAGCGCGAAACGUUGCUUCUCGGUCCCGGGGGAGAAAAACGACGUCCUUCUGAAAAGAACAUAGUCCGAGCGUGUUGACAAAGUCGCACUUUUCACACGGAGAUAACCUUGCGUCGCGCGAGAAAAACCGUACCGUCACCACUUGUUUCCGCGAUGUUUUGACUUCGUCGCUCGCCAUCUGCCGAUCACUCUCAGUCGCUGCCACCCAAAUAACCCCGCUCUUUAUUCCGUGUGUGUUAACAGAUCCAAUUUAAAUAAGAUGUCGUUGAUCGAGGGUAUAGGCGAUGAAGUCACCAACUUCUUCAUCGUCAUGAGCGUGCUGGUCGUGGGAUGGCUCGCUUGGUGUUCCACAAGCAUAGCCGACCAGCCGUUGAUACGCACAGUACUUAUAUUGCGUGACCGGGCCCCAACACGCAUCGUAACGUUGAGGGCCAAUCACCAGAACACGAGCAGCAAUGAACAGCCCCCCAGUGCGGAAAGGACGGAAGAGGAGACGAUAGGAGCAGCGGUCUCUGCUAACAGUGAUGACGCGCAAUCAAACUGUCCAGAUGCGCCAAACAUAGACACAGAUGGAGCUUCUCAAGAAGUUAACGCCAUAUCGCUACCUCCAACAACGGAAGAAGUACUUCUCGAGGCUAUGGACUCGUACAGCAAUGACGGGCCAUCGCUCUUGCAAAGAUCCGUCAAGACAAACAAUACUGAUGAGGCGAAUACGAAGGAACAAACCACUUCGGCGGAAUGCACAGCGGAAGAUGCGCCCGCAAGCGACAACAACGAUAUCACCAUAAAGCUAAAGUUCAUAAACGACGAUCAGAAACAAGUCACCGGCAGCCUUAAAGAAAUGUUGGGCGAAUUUAAAAGGAGACACUUCCAAAUGGAGCUGGAGGCGCGUAAGUCGGUGCGGUUGGUGUUCAACGGCCGUGUGUUGCAGCCUGACACGCAAACUCUCGAACAAUGCGGAUUGUUCAACGAGUGCGUGGUGCACUGCUGGGUCCAUCAGCCACGACCGACCAGUGCACCGUCGUCUCAAGCGUCCACCUUGGACGGCUCCUCGCCCAUUUAUUUCAAUUCCCAGUCGUUCUCGGACCUGCCAGCCGGCGCGAGCAUGAGCUCGGUGCGCAACGAAUGGGAUCUGAGCCGGCUCUUAGUGAGCAUCCUGACGAUCGUCCUGGGUCUCGCGUGGUACUCGCGGUAUCAUUACGCUCAGCUCUUCACCGCGACCACCACGCUCGCGCUCUACGCACUCACAGCGAUCUUCACGGUCUCUCUGGUCAGCAAUUUCUUUCCCGAUCAGGAUAACAUCCGGAAUGUCGAAUAAAACGACGACGUGCCGUGCUGCGUGUAUGCGUGUGUCUGUGUGUGUGUAUGUGUGCGUGAUUGGUUAACGGAAGCACCUCACGAGGAAUAAAACUCUCCGGUUCAGACUUACAUGUUUAAAUGUUGAUUAUAUGCGUUUACACGAGUUAACAAAAAGGAUAAAAAGGUAUAAGUGAUAAAUCAACUAGCGACCCGUCGCCGAGCAUAUUUGCCUUUGGCGUAAACGUUCUCGAGGACAGGUUUCAUCGUUCACCACGCUCUUGUGAUUUCCGCCAGAAUGGCGGACGUUAGUCUCGAGUUGUAUCUCCACCGGUACAUAGAUAUGCUUAAUUAAAGAGAUCAUGAAACGUAACGCCACGCGCGAUGCUUAUUUCUUUUUUCUUUCUUUGUCGUUGGCAUAUAUAUAUAUAUAUAUUUUUUUUUUUUCCUCGAAUCGUAAUCGAUCGUGCAUCAAAACCUGUUCGGAUAAACUUGUGUUAUCGCAUAGUACAUGUGCACGAGAAAAAUCAACCAGUUAUUAUGCAAAGUGUGGUACCUUUAUAUCAGGCGCACGAUUUUUACGUACGUGUGCGUUAUGCGACUACGCGAGUUUCGCCUGAAUCGGUCUUUUUUUACCCGGCACGCAGGAAGCGCCAAAUCGUCACAGGGUGCGACGUUCCUUUGCGGAAAAUCGUGAAGGAAUUUUUCGCAAAAGUUUUCUUUCUCCUCCUCCUCCCUUUCUUUCUCUCGAUGAAAUUCUUUCGAAACGAUUCGAUCAAUGUCAAUAUUCUCCACGAAGAAAUGUGGCCUUUUCGUUGUAUGAUAAUAUACAAUAAGAGAGCACGAAAAAUA